GGAUGCCGCGAAGACAGGCUGGACGAGUUUGCCAGCAAACACGGCAAGGACAAAGUAACGGCCUACCAGGUGGAUAUCACUCAGCUCGACCAGAUUGGAAGUUUUGCGAAUGAUAUCAUGAAGAAGCACCCGGAUCUAGAUUCAGUCAUCCUCAACGCCGGGAUCCAGCGAAGCUUCGACUUCUCCAAUCCGGACACAGUUAAUCUAGAGGUUGUUAGUGCUGAAAUAACAACUAACUACCUCUCGUACAUUCAUCUUGUCAAGGCAUUCCUACCUCACCUCCAAGCGCAAUCUAAGGGCUACCUGGUUUUCAUCAGCUCCGGCCUGGCUUUGGUCCCCGCUCCACGUUGUCUGAACUACAGUGCAACUAAAGCGGCACUCCACUCGUUCGUUAUAUGUCUACAGGAACAGAUGAGGGCCGGGCCAGGAGUUGUACAGGUUGUGGAGAUUGUGCCUCCCGCAGUGAAGACAGAGCUGCACAGCGAGAAAAAUCAGCCAGGCGUACAUGUACCAGAGCACGUCCUGAUGCCACUGGAGACAUUUACGGCGGAGGCUUGGGAUGGACUUGACAAGGGCGACGAUGUUAUUUAUGUGGGUGGGCUUCCGAAGAUGGCAGGUGAGGGUUGGGAAAAGGGGCGAUAG